UCUCGCCCGCCGGAGGCGGAGGCGGGAGCGGGAGCGGGGACGGUGGCAACGGGGUCGGCGGGGGCGGGGGCGGCGCCGCGGGGGAGGGGUGGGGGUUUGGGCGCAAGCACAGCACCGCGGUGCGGCACAACGCCUUUCGGCGGCUGCUCGAGAAGCACAUCUUCUGCGGCAUGGCGGGCGCAGUGGACCGCGCACGCGUCGAGGCGUCCGACGUCGUGGAGGACCUCUUCAACGCGGGCGUCCGGUUCGCCCACUUGUCGCGCGACAACGAGCGGCGGACGAAGGCGUUCGGGCACGAGCUCGGCCUCGAGACGGACUGGAACUCGUGCAUCGACCUCAACGAGCAGUCGGCGGCCUUUUCGACGCAGUCGUCGCCCAUGCUCGGCGGCGGCGGGGUCACCAAGCUGCCGCGAGGCAUCGGCGCGGUGCGGCCGCACUUGCGCGACGUCGACAACGUGCCGCUGCUCGUCUCGAUGUUUUGCAACUGCCAGCCCCGCACGGUGCGCGAGAUGAUCCAAAUCUACCAGGAGAACUGCGAGCUCGUCUGCGUCGUCGGCUCGUGCGGCGCGCCGCUCUCCGCCUCCUCCGAGCUCGGCGCGGCGGAGAUGCUCGACUCCGCCUGCUGCGUUGCGGUGCUGCCCGACGGGCAUGACCUCGAGCAGCUGACCGAGUGGCUGCUGCAGGGCCGCUCCUUCCUCUCGAACACGCGGCAGGCGGUCUUCUUCGGCGGCUUCGCCUCCAUCGUGCUCGAGCUCCUGCUGAUCGUCGCCGAUUGGACGCGCUUGCCGCCGCCGCAGACGCCGUUCCAGCUGCUGUGGGUGCUGCUGGUCCUGGUGCCGCUCCUCGCCUUCCCGCUUGUGCUCGGCCCGGUCGACCCGCGCAACAAGAAGGAGAUGGUGUCGAAGAACGAGGACCACCUCGCAAACGCGCCCUCCGCCGCCCUCUACCUCGUCCUCCGCGCGCUGCCCGGCGCCGCCGGCCUCUGCCUCCUCUUCGCCGACCAGUCUGCGGUGCCGGUCGCUGAGGCGGCGAGGCUACCGGGCAGCUUGGUCGAGCGGGCGGGGGCGGAGCCGCGCGAGGCGCUCGCCCUUGCGCACGCGCAGCUGCUCACGCAGUGGUGGGCCACGCUGCUGCUCGCGGCGCACUCGGCCUCCUUCGCCCACCGCACGCUCAACGACUCGCAGUACUCGCCCUUUGCCAACCGGCUGUGGGUGCGCGCGGCGGCGCUCGCCUUUGGGCUCGAGAGCGUCGCCGUCUUUGUGCAGCUCGGCCCGGCGCGCAUCCCGGCAAUCCUCGGCCAGAUCCCGUGGUAUGGGCACUUGGUGGGGGUGGGGAUGAUGCUGCUCGCAGGCAUCGUAGACUGGAUCGUCAAGCGGCACGAUCGGCGCGCCUUCGAGAGGACCAACAAGGGCAUGUACCUCGAGUUCACCACCAAGCUCGGCAUGCACUCGCCCAUCGAGCCGGGCCACCUGGCGCCCACCUCCUACCUGGACGAGUGA